GUCCCCCACUCUUGGAGCUCCCUGCGCUGUAGCUACUCCUUUCCCUGAUUGCACAGCCCAGGAGGAUCCCCUUCGUCAGAUCUCCGGAUUCCCUUUCUCCUGUCCACCUCACCUCAAUCAUGGACCUCAAAGGGGGAACGGUGCCCGCUGGUGGGCCAGCCAACGCCAGCCUGAGCAGGGGCACAGACAUCGAGAUUGUGUGUCCCGUGAACACGGGUUUCACCGAGUGGUUCCUGCCCUCUGUUUACUUGGUUGUCACCCUGCUGGGACUUCUAGGGAACGGGCUGGGCUUGUGGAACUUGUGUGCAAGUUCUCGGAAGGGCAGCUGGAGCACCCUCAGCGUGCUGAUGUGCAACCUCAGCAUGGCCGACUUGUUUUAUGUGAUCACGUUGCCCUUCUUGGUGUCCUACUAUCUCCAGGGCCGUCUGUGGCUCUUUGGCAAAGAGUGGUGCCGGCUGACUCGGGCGCUCUUUCACCUCAACCUUUAUGCCAGCAUUGGCUUCCUGACCUGCAUCAGUGUGCAUCGUUACCUGGGCAUUGUGUACCCACUGAGGAUGCUGGGUAGAUGUCAGACGCUCAGCCCUGCUUUCUUGCUCAGCACCUUGGUCUGGGGAUGGGUCAUCUUUCAGAUCUCUCCUGACUUCAUCUUCAGCAAAAUGGAUCAGACGGGCAUGCGGUGUCAUGACACGACGGGUCACGAGAACUUGAAAGACUACGUGCCCUAUAUUGUGGCCAUAACUGUGACAGGAUUUGUCAUCCCGUUCCUCAUCAUCAUUGGAUGCUACUGCCAUGUGGUCGUGGUCCUUCGGAGGAAUGCCAACGUGGAUCCCAACCUCAAGCGGAGGAGCAUAAAAGUGGCAAUUUUGGUGAUGGUGCUUUUCUCUGUAUGCUUCCUACCCUAUCACAUCUUCAGGAACCUUAACUUACUGUCUCGCAGGUGGCAACUCCAGGGAUCUUGUACCCAGACCUUAAAAAACAUCUAUAUCGCUUACCAAGUGACUCGAGGCUUGGCCAGCAUAAACAGUUGCCUCAACCCUCUACUGUACCUGAUGGCCAAUGAGGACCUUGUGACACGGCUAAAGACCUUCUGCCAUAGGGUCAUACAGGUCCUGAGGUCACUUUUGCAAAGUCGAGCCCACCGCUCCUCGGACCCGAAGAAACUAAGCAUUAUGCUCGAUGAAGAAUGUGAGGAAGCAUCUGAUGAUGUCUGAGCUGAUUACAAACUUGGCAUAGCUGAACUUUCCUCUUUUGUGGUACCUCUUUUCUCUGAAGGUGCUCCAACAUUAGCCUUUAAGCAAACAAGGUGGUAUGAUAGCGGCGAAUACUUUGUCUCGUUCCUCUGUUGACCCCAAUAAGUUUUUGCAGGGUUUGAAGCACAGUAAAGACCCUGAACAAUGGCACGGUAGCAUGUGCAUGUCAAUACUGCACCGAUGCACUGCCAAGGAAGGUUUGCCAAAAGGUAUACAAUGUGUGGUUAUGCUUUGUGGCCCUUUCUUCACUUGUCUGUUUCAUUUAUUGUUUGUAGCCUGACAGCUGUUUGUUCAUUGUGACAGCUGUUUUGUGCAACUGGUCUGCAUCAGUUCCACAAAAGCAUCCCAACUGUGCGGAGGGUUGCUUGUGGCAUAUGUAUACACCUGUGUGCAAUACCAAUUCUUUGACAUUUAGGCUUGCUCAGAAUCUUCUUUUUCUAGACACCCUCUGAUUAUCUGAGAAAAUGGCCAUCUCUCUGUUCUGGAGACUGCACAUUAAGGUCAUUCAAAUUAGCAGCUUGCACAAAUUCAGAACUUAUAGCUGUUCAAUAUCUUGCCAUAAAGAGCUGAUUCUACAGACCCUCGUUUACUGUUACCUAAUGAGUACAGAUGGAAACAGAGAUGCUUACAGAUUUAUUUCAGGUUUAUUGGUUGCCACUUGCCUAGAUUUCCUUGGCAAGCAAGAAGAAUUGCUUCCCAGCAAGUAAUCCAUGAGAGCGCAUGGAUUGCAGGAAAUGGCUGGGACUAGUAACUUGAACAGACUUACCUAAAAAGCUCUUUUCUGGUGAGUCAAAAUGUGCCAGUCGUAUUAUCUGAAAUGAGUGCAUUGUUUAAUGAAGUUCAGCAUCAGUUGAGAAAAAUGCAUUCUACUAUGUUACAAUUGUUGGGAAAAGAUAGCUUGUAGUGGGUGUUAUUUGCACAUUUAUAAAACUCUCUGUGGGUGCUUAUGAUCAGAUUUUGAAAUGCCUUUUUAAAAAAGAUAGCCAUAGCAUAGAUAGCCAUGAAGGAUUUGUUCUUGUUUGGUUUUAUAUCAUCCCUGGUUAUCUGAGAGAUCUGGGGUUGAUUUGACAGAAAGAAUGGUUAUCAGGAACCUGCAAGCAGUUUGAGUUCUAAUGCCAAGUUGCCCCAUCAGGAAAGCACCAGUCUCUGAGCCAUGAGGCUGCCUUCCACAGUAAAUCACCCAUUUCUGGGCCAUCCCGCAAGAACAUGUAAUCUGUUGCAUAAAUAUUGUA